AUGGCUGCAUCUUACUCAGUACCUUCAAUGAUGAUGGAGGAAGAAGGAAGGUUUGAAGCCGAAGUUGCUGAGGUGCAAGCAUGGUGGAACUCCGAGAGGUUCAAGCUAACCCGGCGUCCAUAUUCAGCAAGAGAUGUUGUCGCACUAAGAGGCAGCCUGAGACAAGGCUAUGGCUCGAAUGAAAUGGCCAAAAAGCUAUGGAGAACUCUCAAGACCCACCAAGCGAAUGGCACAGCCUCUAGAACUUUUGGUGCACUUGACCCUGUCCAGGUGACUAUGAUGGCCAAGCACCUGGACUCCAUUUAUGUCUCCGGUUGGCAGUGUUCAUCCACCCACACCAGCACCAAUGAGCCUGGCCCUGAUCUCGCCGACUACCCCUAUGACACUGUCCCAAACAAAGUAGAACAUCUAUUCUUUGCACAGCAGUACCAUGACAGAAAGCAAAAAGAGGCAAGAAUGAGCAUGAGCAGGGAGGAGAGAGCUCGAACCCCUUAUGUUGAUUACUUGAAACCAAUCAUAGCAGAUGGUGAUACUGGGUUUGGCGGCACUACAGCAACUGUUAAGCUAUGUAAGCUUUUUGUGGAGCGUGGAGCAGCGGGAGUUCAUAUUGAAGACCAGUCGUCUGUGACCAAAAAAUGUGGCCACAUGGCUGGGAAAGUUCUUGUUGCUGUUAGUGAACACAUCAACAGGCUGGUGGCUGCAAGGUUGCAGUUUGAUGUGAUGGGGGUUGAGACAGUUUUGGUGGCUAGAACUGAUGCAGAGGCGGCUACUUUGAUCCAAAGCAAUAUCGACACAAGAGACCAUCAGUUCAUUUUGGGCGUGACAAAUCCAAACCUUAAGGGAAAGGGUUUGGCCACCCUUUUGUCAGAAGCAAUGGCUGCUGGCAAACCAGGAGCUGAGCUUCAAGCUAUUGAAGAUCAGUGGCUGUCAAUGGCACAGAUGAAGACAUUUUCUGAUUGUGUUGUGGAUGCCAUUAAGAAUAUGAACGCUGGAGAGAAUGAGAAGAGAAGGAGACUGAGUGAGUGGAUGAACCAUUCUAGUUAUGAGAAGUGUCUCUCAAAUGAGCAAGCUCGUGAGAUUGCUGACAGAUUCGGGUUCAAGAACCUCUUUUGGGACUGGGACUUGCCUAGAACCAGAGAAGGUUUUUACAGGUUCAAAGGGUCUGUGAUGGCGGCUGUUGUCCGUGGCUGGGCUUUUGCCCCACAUGCUGAUCUUAUUUGGAUGGAGACUGCAAGUCCUGACUUGGUAGAAUGCACCAAGUUUGCUGAGGGGGUCAAAUCUGUGCAUCCGGAGAUCAUGUUGGCAUAUAAUCUUUCACCUUCUUUCAAUUGGGAUGCGUCGGGGAUGAACGAUGAACAGAUGAAGGAUUUCAUUCCUAGGAUAGCCAGGUUGGGCUACUGCUGGCAGUUCAUAACGCUAGCAGGUUUCCAUGCUGAUGCUCUUGUGAUCGACACCUUUGCAAAGGAUUAUGCAAGAAGGGGAAUGCUGGCUUAUGUGGAGAGGAUCCAGAGGGAGGAGAGGAGCAAUGGGGUUGACACACUUGCUCAUCAAAAAUGGUCAGGCGCAAACUACUAUGAUAAGUACCUCAAGACUGUCCAGGGAGGCAUUUCUUCUACUGCUGCUAUGGGCAAAGGUGUGACUGAAGAGCAAUUCAAAGAAACGUGGACUAGGCCAGGAGCUGUGAACAUGGGUGAAGGCACUGAUAUUGUGGUUGCCAAGGCAAGAAUGUAGGAGACAUCUCUUGGGAACAUUUCCCAGUUCCUAUAUUUUGGAAACUGGGUAGAAUAAUGCGUUGUAAUAAUUUGAUCAUAGGCAUAUUCUGGGCGAAUUUUUGGCCACACGGUGCAUGUUUUCUCAUGGUUUAGCUCGAAAGCUGUUGUA